GUCAGUAGUAUGAAUUAUAUCAAGAGAGUAGACGACUCUUCGUGGGAGUCAAGUCUUCUAGGGCGGCAGCUUAGGAUUUGUAGCAGCAGUUCCAAAACUUGCGACUAGAAAUUCCAGGUUCUAUUGGUAUCUUCCUGUAUGAAAUUUCUGUAGCAUAGCAUCAGUUACAUAAUUGGUGUUCAAUUCAAUCUAUUAUACGGAGUACAUACAUAAAUAUAUCUCAGUUAGGGUUUUGAUUCAGAGCAGCCCACCAUGGCUAUGGUGAUGCAGUUUCAUACAAAGCAUAAGUCUUUACUGAUAAUGUGCCAACCCACACUAGUGAAUCACAGAUUCGCAUUGCAAUCCAUGAACUUUUCUAAAAGAAACCACCAACCGAACGGCCAGUCGUUAAGUAUCAGCAAUAUCUCACUUCAUAACCGGAAUUUCUCCUGUGGGAUUCUUUCUGGGCGUUACCAAAGAAUCACUCCCAGAUGUUUUUCAAGUUCAUUUUUGGGUAAAGGUGCAAGAGGCUAUGGAAAGAAUCUACCAUGGCUGUCAAAUGACAGGGCUAAACAGGCUAAAACUUCUGAGAAAGUGAUGACAAUGAAAACAAGCAAGUCUUCAUGGGAGGAAUCAGCAGAGAAGUUCUUGAAAAGUUCUGUACCAGCUCCUGAAAAUGUUGAAGUUAUAAGCUUUGAUAACAGAACGAAUCAGCGCUGGGAUGAAGGUUAUGGUGGCGAAGUACAAGAGGAAGAACAAGAAACUGGGCAGGUGGAUGAUCCUAGAUGGGAUAAGAUAAAAAACAGAUUUAAUAGAAUUAGAGUGACGAAUGCCCCCGAGAGGCCUGACGUUAGGAGGUGGAAUAAUCAGGAAAAUUGGGGCCGGAAGACGUGGAAGGAGGCUACAGAAUCAACUGUGCCAAAAAUGGUUGGGGAAGGCGUUUAUGGUAUUGGUCCAGUUUUGGCUGCCUUAUCCGCUGAAAGGAGGGAAUUCUACGCUUUGUACAUUCAAGAAGGGUUGGAUUUGAGCUCGAACAAUCGGAAGAAGAAAGACAAGAAAGGGUUCGAGAAAGUUUUAAAGAUGGCGGAAAAAAUCAGGUUGUGUACAAAGGAGUUGUCCAAACAUGACCUGAACAUGAUUACUGACAAUCGGCCUCACCAAGGUCUAGUCCUCGAUGCUUCCCCUCUAGAAAUGGUUAGCAUCAAAGAAUUGGAACCUGUUUUGGUUGAGGGAGAGGAUGCUGCCCCUCUAUGGGUAGCCCUAGAUGAGGUGACCGACCCUCAGAAUCUAGGAGCCAUCAUACGAUCCUCUUACUACUUUGGAGCUUCAGGUGUGGUUUUGUGUGCCAAGAACUCUGCUCCGUUGAGUGGAGUUGUGAGCAAAGCAAGUGCAGGCUCGCUCGAGUUAAUGGAGGUUAGAUCAUGCAAGAACAUGAUGCAGUUCUUGACAUCAUCAUCUGAAAACGGUUGGCGGGUGUUAGGAGGUUCGGUCUCUUCAAGAGCCGUUCCUUUGACCGAGGUCGAACGGGGCAUUCCUACGGUUCUAGUUUUAGGCAGUGAAGGGACGGGCUUGAGGCCCUUGGUUGAGAGAUCAUGUACUCAGUUGGUUAGAAUUCCAGGGAGCAUACCCGUAGAUGUUAGGGCGAAGGGGGAAGAUGAGGAUGUGGUAGAUGAAGAAACAGAUAGUGAAGGCUCAAGUGGUAACUUUAAGACAUAUAUGGCUGUGGAGAGUUUGAAUGUAAGCGUUGCAGCUGGUGUCCUCCUCCAUUACUUGAUUGGGAGGUAGGAAACUACAUGAUAAAUGGCCAGUUGCCUAAGAAGAUGGCUACAACAACAACAUCAUCCAAGCCUUAGUCCAAAGAGAUGACAAACUUGUCUUUCGUGCAAACUUAAUGUUAUUUCCGAGGGAAGCACGUUUUUUUUAUUAGACUAGUUCCUUAAAACCCGUUUAGUAAGUUAAAAAAGAGUUAUCAAUGGACAUUUCAGGUUUUGCUUGGUCUAUUACUAUAAUCAAGAGUUUCCCCUUUUGUUAAUAAUUAGCUCAUGUUUUAGCCAUUGAAACUGUUUAGCUACGGUUGUCGCCUUGGGUAUCAGUGUAUGUAGUACACCCGCUGUCCCCAUUCAAACCUAUUUGAUCCAGCAUUGAAACAAAACCAAAAUUCAAG